GUGCGUCUCAUCCCCAUCGCGCCGCGUCUCACUUCAAUCUAGGAAAAAUCUCUUUCUCGUUAACGCACGACGAUCAUCGACGACGCGCGCGUGCGGUUGAUCGGUCAGUCGGAAAGAGAUAACGGUAUCCCUAAUCCGUCUAUAUAUCCUGGCAACCUCGAAGGAUCGAAUCGGCGAGCUCUCCCGGCGAGUUGUACCCGCUCGAACGGCGCAUUGACCGCGUUUCUCCCAUCAUCAACACACAAACCGACUUGCGUCGAAGGAUGUUGACGUACAACACGAGCGUGUACGCCGUGGCCGGGCCAUUGGCUUUCUCCAGCAGAGUCGGGGAAGUGCCACAGCUGCAAGAACGAUUUUUAGGAUGGAACUUCCCCGCGGAGCACGCGGAUCUCGUGCAUCCGCAUUGGCGCGGAUUCGUCGCGCCCGGAAGACUGUGGCACAUCGGCCUCGCGCUUAUUUAUCUCUUCCUCCUGGGUCUCUCUCUCAUCGGGAACGGCAUCGUCAUUUGGAUUUUCAGCACAUCAAAAUCACUGAGGACGCCCUCGAACAUAUUCAUCGUAAAUCUGGCCGUGUUCGAUCUACUGAUGGCAACGGAGAUGCCUAUGUUGAUCAUAAACAGCUUCUUGGAGCGCACGAUUGGUUGGGAAGCCGGAUGCGACGUGUACGCUUUGCUUGGCGCGAUUUCCGGAAUGGGGCAGUCGAUUACCAACGCUGCGAUCGCUUUCGACCGAUACAGAACAAUUAGCUGUCCGAUUGACGGUAGACUGACCGGAAAGCAAGCCGCGGUGGUAGUUCUGUUUACAUGGUUUUGGGCACUGCCAUUCUCGAUUCUGCCCAUGACGGGAUUGUGGGGUCGAUAUGUGGCAGAGGGUUUCCUCACAACGUGCAGUUUCGAUUUUCUCACGGACGACGAGGACACCAAAACAUUCGUGAUCACGAUAUUCUUCUGGGCUUACGUUCUCCCGAUGCUGCUCAUCGUUUACUUCUAUUCGCAGUUGUUGAAAUCCAUUCGAUCCCACGAGAAGAUGCUGCGCGAUCAGGCCAAGAAGAUGAACGUCAAGUCGCUCGUGUCGAAUCAGGACAAAGAGAGAAGCGUCGAGAUGAGAAUCGCAAAAGCCGCGUUCACGAUCUUCUUCCUCUUCGUGCUCGCGUGGACGCCGUACGCGGUCGUCGCGUUGACGGGAGCCUAUGGGAAUCGCGAAGUGCUCACUCCACUGUCGACGAUGUUGCCAGCCAUAUUCGCCAAGACGGUGUCGUGUAUCGAUCCAUGGAUAUACGCAAUCAACCAUCCUAGAUAUCGACAAGAAUUAGAGAAACGCUGCAAAUGGAUGGGAAUUCAGGAACAACGAGCGCACGACGACACCGCGUCGGCGCAGACCGAGAAGACGGAAGAAUCGUAAAAUUUUCAUUUUACGUUCAUGACGAUUAUCAUUAUCGAUUGUUGAUAAUGGUUGCGUCGAGGAGACAUCAAUAUGUCAAUUGCAUUUUCCACCACGAAUGCAAUUUGAACCCGAUAUCGCCUCCUCCGAUUUAUCGAUUUACUUUUCCAUCGAUACUUCGAACGGAAUCUUUCCCCGUUCCGUAGAAGAGAAGAGACUCGUGAAUAAAACAGAAUCGUCACGUGUUGUUUAGUUUACAUACGUCAAGCUGUUACAUAAAUAUAAUCAGAGCAAAUAUGAAAGCAAUUUUCCUCUUUUUUUUUUUAUUUAUUUUUUUUUUUUUUUUUAUUUUCGUCAUCUCCUCCAAACCCUUCCCAUGCAUAUUCUCGAUAAUAAAGUCGAUCCCGAUGAAAUUCAAAUUUUUCUCUU